GGGCUGAGCAAGACUGAAGGGCAAGGUGCAAACAUCACCGUCAGCACUGAGGAAAAAGUUAAUGGGACGGCGGCCAGGGCAGAAUGUGGAAAGUGCAGAAGGGGCGGGUGGGGGUGAGGAGGAACCUGGACCUGUACUGGGGGAGUCCUGGCGAGAGAGGAAACGGCCGUGGAUUAUGUUCCGCUGAUUUUACAACCCUCAGCCUUCCAGGCAGUUUUCUUAUUUUGCUUAUAAAGAAACCCAGGCCAGCUGCAAGCUCAAGGUCACACUAGCCAGGCCAGACAGGUUCUCCAAAUUCAGAAGGGAGUAGGAUUCGCCAGCCAAUAGAAUUUGGAUUCCUUCCUCAUGAAGAUCAUUGAAGAAAAGUCAGGGAAGCCUUCGGGCCCGGCCCAGAGGCUGCUGGGCCAACGGAGGCCGCGCCGGUCCUUCUUUGAAUCCUUCAUCCGGACGCUCAUCAUCGUGUGUGCUGCGCUGGCCAUGGUCCUCUCCUCUGUCUCCAUCUGUGACGGUCACUGGCUCCUGGCUGGGGACCGCCUCUUCGGGCUAUGGCACUUCUGCACCAGCUCCAACCAGACUGGGCCACACUGCCUCAGAGACCUGAGUCGGGCCCGCGUGCCAGGGCUGGCUGAAGGCAUGGUCCUGGCCCGCAGCACAGGCGCCUUGGCCGUGGUGGCCGCCAUUUUUGGCCUGGAGCUCCUCAUGGUGUCUCAGGUGUGCGAGGACCUCCACUCACGGCGCAAGUGGGCCCUGGGCUGCGUCCUGCUCCUCGUCUCGUUUGUCCUCUCCUCUGCGGGGCUCCUGAGCUUUGUGAUCCUCCUCAGGAACCAGGUCACGCUCACCGGCUUCACCCUCAUGUUCUGGUGCCAGUUCACUGCCUCCUUCCUCCUCUUCUUGAACGCCAUCAGCGGCCUUCAUGUCAACAGCAUCAGCCAUCCCUGGGGCCAGCUGAGGGAAUUUUAGGCCCUCCUCCAAGGACAUCGGGUUCCACAACAAAGUGGUCAAGACGUGACUUCUGGUGGGGGUAGGGGUGGGACAAUGACCUUGGAACUGCUGCCUCUUACCCAGUAACCUUUGGGGGGUCAGCCAGAAAUGGCCCAGGGCCCUGUGCCCAGGGCCAGAGGCCAGGAGCCUGCCUCCAGGCCACCAACUGCACAAGUGUAGCCAAGUUAUUAGGAUGUAGAUUGUAGAACACAUUGUAAAAUCCUUUUCUUGAAUCCUCCUUCCCAGGACGGGAAUCGAGUUGGAAGCAGCUCAGGUAACUGGUGCCUGGGCUGGCUGUGCAGCCAAGUGCUGUUCACACCUGCUUCCCGGCUCUGUGCUGGGAGACCAGCUGCAGGGUCCCUGGGGCCUCUUCCGUGGCUAAGAGUGGAUCGCCUUCCCACUAAGGGUGUCCAGCCGAGCCCAGGACUUCCACCAACUCAGGCGACCUCUGGGCACGCCUCUGCGUUAGCUUUGGUCAUGCCAAGGAGGCAGAAUUCAGGAUGACCUCAGGAUUUCUUGCACCUGGUUGUUUUUCAAACCAUUUUACUUGAUUCGACCCCUGCCCUUUGGGGAACUCUAUAAUCCCUCCCAUUGGGGAUUCUAACCCCCCACUUCCAGCGGCUGGCUGUCUCCUCUGGGGGCUCUGCCUGUGGGAUUCCUGCCUGACCUCUUUGAGUAGAGUUUGGAGCAAGCCUUCCAGAAAAGUCCACCUGACUUCUAAUGCGCAGCGCUCACUCCCUGAGGCAAGUGUGCAUGCCCAGCUUUGGUGAGGAUCAGGCAGCCUGAGGUGCACCAUCUCUGAUCCCAGAACACAUUCAGAGAGCAGCUGCUGGACCCUGGGUGAUGGUUAAACUCCUAAAGGUGCUCGCAGGUGAAGGGGACCAGGAACCAACGAAGAUUUCCAUCUCACCAGCAGACCAGUGUUUGGGGCAUUAAAUGGCCUCCUUUCCAGUGCCUUUGUGCCCUCAGCCCACUUCAUCCACCCCAGCCCUCCCGCUCCCCCGCCGAAUGAAGUCUGGCCUGCCCUGGCUCACCCUGCCUGCCACGGGGUGUAUGAGUUUUGGUCACUCAGUUUCCCUUCCUGGGCUGGGCUGGGUGCUUGUACCUACCUCUUGUGUUUUUUUAAAAACUUUUAUUCCAAAAUGCACAGUCUGUGGAGAUGGCUCCAGAAAGGUAUUGUGGACCAAUCGGUAAUUGGAGGGCAGAGCUCAUCAACCGUGUAGGCUGGGUUCUUAGCUCUGGAAGUGGGCACCUGGCCUUCACCAGGAGCAGACUGCAAGGGGCAAAGGGUGACCUUGUCUGUGCAGAGGUGCAGAGGUGGGCGGCCAGGGCCAGAGAGGGAUAGCACUCACCCAGGGCCACCCAGAGCCGGGACUAGAGCUGGACCCCUCACCAGCAAGAUGCUCUUUCUCUACAGUCGGGGGCGGGGUCUCCACUCUGUCCAGAUGCAUGGGCCGGAGAGCACUGGUAGUUUUUGUUUUGUAAAAGGGUUUAAAUAUUGAGUGCUCUUUAAUCCUCACAAGGCUGGUGGGGAGGGAGUGUUGGUAUUCAAGGGAACUGAGAUCCAGAGAGGAAAGGGUGAGACUAAAAUCCCCAGUGGGAGGGGGAGACAGGCCCUGGUAAAGGAGACAGCCUUGGAGCAUGGGGACUUGAGACCUAAAGCCUGGGCUUCUGCCCCCUCCUGGCCUAGUAGUUUGGGCAAGUCACAGGGCCUGGGUGAACCUGUUUCUCUCCUAUCAAAUGGUAUAAUGCCCCCUCUCCUGCUCUCCCUGCCUUGGGGGCCCAGGAUAACUGACUGACAGGGCAGUAAGGCGGAGGGAUGCCUCAGGCCAUGUCAGGGCCACUAAAGGGGAGCUGGGUCCUGGGGCUGUCCUGGCCUCCCCUGGGACUUGCUCAGAUUAAUUCAGUCAUCUUGAAGGCUCUAGGACAGUGGUUCUCAACCUUGGCUGCACAUUAGAAUCGCCUGGGAAUCUUUAAAAUCCUGAUUUCUGGGCCUCAUCCUCCGGA